AAGAGACCAAGACGCUACUUUAGCAAAGCCUUCAUCAAUAACAUAUUCCCCACCACCAGCGUCAGCAGACGCAGACCCAGGCGAGGAAGAAGAAGAUGUAGAUGGCGUCAAGCCCUUCACUUUGUUGCAGACGAUUCUGGUAGGACAGAUCUGUUCUUUGAUGCUGUCUGGAACAAAUAUCACGGCAGACUCUCUCUUUCAGGAUAAAGUGGAACUUCCAGUAUUCUUAAACCUCCUGAACUAUCUCCUGCUGUUCGUGGUCUACGGCAGUUUCUAUCUUUGGAAAUCGCACAAGAUGGCUCCUGUGACGAGACCACCGGAUGUUGGCGCAGUUAGAAGUGGUGGGCAUGUUGACGCAGAGCAGGGCUCAACUACACCAACACGUACCACACCUCUGCUCCAUCCCAGACAAGAUCAUGCUGAUGUAGAGGAUUCGACACGAAUACCUCUGCUUGACAAACACAACGAUAUUAAUGGAGGUGAAGUAGACGUCGUGGAAAUACUAGGUCCUGCAAUUGCAGAGGCAAAUUGUUCUACUUCUUCUGCGGCGGCGGCAGACCACUGCUGCACCCAAAUUUGUUGUAGCAAGGGUGGAGAUGCUGCAAAAUCUUCAAAAGAAC